AUUCAGGCAAACAUGGAUACCAUUUUUAAUGAUAGAGCGAUUAAGCUUGUGUUUCUGUCAUGUAGUGAUUGUGCUUAACUGUACGAAGCUUACUGUGUGAAUGCUGCAGGCAUUCUGUGUGUGUGUGUGUCCCAAAUUACUGCUGAGAGUUAUUCCAAAAGCUACCUUUAGUGGCUCUUCAUCAGAAUAUUUAUUUACUUGUUGACAUGAAAAUCAGUCACUGUGUAUUUUUAACACCUAAAAUUCAAUGUGAUGCCAUUAUCCUGCCAAACAACAUAAAAGUCUCCAAAAAGGUUAAGUAUGGAACAUAUUAUAAAUGGAAAAUCUUAUAUUGCACUCUAAGCACAACAAAUGUGAAAUGGCAGGAAAGAUCAGUGCUCUGUUGCUGUAUGCAGAGUACAUGUGUACAUUUUUCAGAGUACCAAAAAACACAUUGCCUUUGCAGACUGAUGAUCAAACACAGAGAUAGAGGUCGCAGAAAAAUUACAAAUACCUGCACGUUGCUGUCUUAUGUCAUUCAGUCACCUAAAGGUGGUAAGUUUGACCUUUGUCAUCAUGACUAGGUCUGCAUGCCUACUGUAAAUGCACCGAUUUCCAGUCGUGUGACUGGCUGAUUUGUCUUAAUGAGCAGUUGAGCAGCUGUACCUAAGUUACCUGAUUUUAGUCAUUAGGCCUUUUAUAAAGUAUUACUGCCAUUUGUGUCUUAAUAUUUCUAGUAACACUACUGUAACUGCAGUGAGCACGUGAGACAUCCCUUUUUAUGGAAAAGGAAGGAAAAGUCAUAUUUAUUAUUAUUACACAGACUGUUUGUGCUGACUGAACAGGCUCAGGCUGAAGCAGUGCAGAUCCUGGCCUAUUUUCAAGUAUCAUUAAAGUUACCACGUGUUUAAAUGUCACCAUUAGAUGUCAGUAGAUUGCAGAUUGCAGUCAAUUCAGGCACUUUUCUUAUCCCUCCUGACUCAAGUGCAUAAACUGAUCUACGUUAGCUCUGGUAAUUCUGACGAUCGUUCAGUAAUUUUUUGUUUAUUCUCUUUAUUUGCUUUUUGGAGAAGUGAAGUUACAAAAAGCUCUUCAAACAAAUUUGCUUUGGUGAAGAGAAAACAACCGUUGUAGACUGUUUGUGGUUACCUUUUAUAAAUGUGGGACUAGUAUUGAAUUUUCAAAAGUGAAGUCAGUUCUUCUGACCAGGUUCAGACCAGGAUGAACACAAGUACUGAACCCACUAGAGAACCGCUCCCAGCUGUGGGUUCACCUCCUCCUGCUGAACUCAUAGAGCUGCACACAACCAGUCCAGGGACAGACUCUAAUGUAGCAUCACUUUCAUCGGUCACUCCUGACCUCCUGUGAAGCAUGACGAAUGUGGCCUCUCUAAAUGUGAGUAACUAAGAAAACAUGUCAGUAGGCAUCCUAGUAGUUAAUGACUUAAUUAUUUGGGGUAUUAUUGCUAUAAAAAAUAAUAUUAACAGUAUUAUUAUUAUUGUGCUUCUGGCUUUAGGCUCUACUGAUAACGCAGAGGUCUCUUCUUCCUCUGGGCUGUUUAAAGGGCCAGUUUAUCCAAAUCUGUGUAUAUACCAGCUGCUGUCAGGCUUCAGAUAAAUAAACAUAAAUAAACAUCAGACUGUCAAAAGAGCUCAUCUGUGCGAGACCACCGAGCUGAGAGCAUUUUCAGGUCGAGAUCCCCCGUACGCCAUCGUUGGAGAGCAGUUAAAGUUUUUCUUCCUGACUGUGAUUUGAAAACGUCGAAAUGGAAUCAAGUCAAGGAAUCUAUAAACCUAUCAGGGUGUUGUUCAACACACCGAUUUAUGAAACAGCUCUAAAGAUCUGCUGGCAUCUUCCGGGCUACAGGACUCAGAUUGCGAUUAUGACGGAGUUUCUCAGACUUCAGCAGGAAGAUCUAAUUCCACCGAACCUCACUGCUGAAGAUCUGAGAGAUCUUUUGGUGGAGAAGAGCCGGGAGACACUCAGAGAGCAGCUGUGGGAGUUUGAAUUAGAGGAUUUUGAAGAAGAGGAAGCCAAACCUCUUCUAAGGCUGGUGUGGGCGGUGAACGUCAGCAAUAAAAUGAGGGACGUUGAAUUUGAAGCCAGGAUGCUUCUUCAGUUCCCAGAGGCCGUGCCUCCUAAAUUUCAAGCACCUAAACUCCUGAGCGUGGUGAAGGAUUACAUUGAAAUCCUGAAAGAGAAGCAGCAGGAACAGCAUAACAGCAAACUGCUCACCGUGCAGGAGGUAGUGAUCGAGGUAGUUCCCCGUGUUCUCCAGGGCUUCUGGGAGCUUCCUCCUCGUCCCCUCCUAAACAUGGCCUCCCAGAGUCUAAGUAUCCUCUCCACGAGUGUCACCAAGGCCACUUUAGAUCGUGUCUCCAGGAGUCUCACGGCGAUGGAAACACAGGCCAUCUUCACCCGCUCUAUCCGAGACGAUAUGGUCAACAGCAUCCUGACUGAGAUCAGGCAGAAAUUUUCUCAAGAAAUUCUGUCUAUCAAAGUUGCAAACUUUGCACCAGUGUUGCUGAAGACCAUUGCUGAUGUAGUAAUGAUCCAGAUAUGUGAAAUCUUUGAGCCCCCUUCAAGCCUUCCUGAUGUGAAGAACACAAAUGGAGAGCGCUCCUCUGACGGUCUUUUAAUGGCAAAUGUUCCACCAGCCGAAGGAUCUUUUUCAGAAAGUGUUCCAGAGCCUGACGUUCCCUGUGAGGAACUUCUUUCUGAAAGUUCAUCUAGUCUGAAGGCUGAAGACCUUACGAUUGAAGGUCUUUCAGAAAGUGUGGCAGUGGCUGACGUUCCCCGUGAGGAACCCUAUGCCGAGUCCAAAUCCAGUGUUAAAGGCGAAGAGCAUAAGAUCAAAGGAUCUCGUUUGGAAAUUGGGCCAGUUCCUGAUGUUCCCUGUGAGGAACCUUUUCCUGAACCCGAAUCCAGUAUGAAGUGCAAAGACCUUCAGAUCAAGAAGAAGAAAAAGGGCUUCUUCAAAAGACUGAGAAGUCUGUUCUGCUGUUGUUGCAGACCAAAGGACACAGACUGACAUUGAAACUGUGACCCAGUGUUGGUGUUCCAGUAACUGUAAAUAUGUAAAUAUGUUCCUUGAUGAUUGUUGUUCAUGAUUUUGGAGUUUAAGUUUUCAGUGGGCUGGGUGUUUUUUCCCCCUUCGUGUUCUUUACUUAAUUCUUGUUCAUAGUUCCUGAUUUGUUUUCCUAGUGCUUGUUUCUUAGUUUUUAGUUUCUGGAGUCCAGUUGAGUUGCUAUAUGAGUUUUGAGUUUUCUUUUUUGUGACAUUUAUCUCU